AUUUCGACGUCACUCUCAAGCGGAAUUUACGGGUUUUUUUUACUGUUUUCCUUCUAGACUAUUAGCGACAGUCUGUCCUGAUCGUCGCUUGCCAACAGUGGCAAUUGCAUGAACAAUUUGGGAUUGUUUUCUAUAAAGUUUGAUAAAAAAUAGGGUGAUCUUAAUGUUAUUGUUUUGAUUAGCGAUAUUUGGAGGGCGGCAAGUGGCAACGGGGCGGCUGCACCGUAACGCAUAACGCGCAUAGAAAAUGGCUGCGGUUGCUAGGCAGACGACAUUGUACUUAAUGUUUUUCUGAUGAAAAAGUGUUGUUUUGAAAGAUUGAGAGCGUUCAACAGCAUCCAGCCAUUGUUCGAAGGUGAGUGCGUGUGAACUGGUUGAAAUCGUGGUGUUUUGCAACGUUCACCGUUUGUUCAGUCGAUUUCCAGCGCAGAAACACGCGAUCAACCUUCGGUCGUUUUGGGUUGUAUUUUUCGAAAAAACGUUUGACAAAUCCCAAUUCACGUCACAUUUGCGCUCAGGCUCAGGUCAAGAGGUUGGCGUAUUUUUAGAUUCAACACCGUGCUCGACCGGAAGCGGGAACCUGUUGGAAAAGUUCGUGUUUUGUGCGGAUUUCAAAACAUUAAUUAUGCCCCCGACAGUACUGUUUCCCGUUGUCGACUUACUAAUUGACUCGUGAGUGGCGCAAAGACGGUACCAGAUAGAGCCGUGCUCAGUCCUCGCACUCGCCAGCUCAAAGGAAUGUCGCUCUGAGCAUUGAGGCUCUCAGCUAGAAACAUAAAUAACCCAAUUGAGGUUAUGUGGCUGCUGGGCUGGCACCUCUAAGAAGGGCAAUGUGACUGUGUGACCUGGUAGAUCAACACACUGGAUCGAGCUAGCUCUGGACCAGGGGGUUGCCUCGACGGCGGUGGGACGAUUCCCUCCGUCGUCCCCCAGCCCCCAGGACUGCCACCGCUUCAUACCGAACUUCCCCCCAAAAGGGCUGUGGUAGAAAGGUUGCGGCGUCGGAUUGAAUCGUAUCGGAAGCGACAGACUGACUGCAUGCCGCGUUACGAUCAGUCCUUUUCGGGACUGUGUGAACAGAACCUACAGGACACGCUACAUUUGAAGCAGCGAUUUUUGGACACCAAAACGAAACGAGUGCCCAAAACCAAAGAAAAGAAACAGGAUGGAAUUCAAAGCAGCGUUCAUGUGCAGCAAAAGUUCCUGAAACGGUCCGCAGAUGAGUUGGAGACAGGAAAUCCCAUUGAUAAUUUCGAGCAGCCAGUUAAGCUACAAUGUACCGCUCAGCAACACGGAACAAACCAGAAUGAGGGUCUCACAAAGUUUUCGGUGGAAAUUGUCCAGCAGCUGGAGUUUACAACGUCAGCAGCGAAUUCUCAGCCCCAACAAAUUAGCACCAAUGUUACGGUUAAAACACAUGCGAAUGCGAGUGUGAAGAGCGACAUUUCGUCGCCCAAAGCCGCCACUCCUGGUACGCCUGGACAUGCAUCCAAAGCGAAUAUUGGGCUCGAUGUUGGCACUCUUGUUGAAUGUGUUAAGCAGGAGCCUGAUAAUGAUUUUGCUGAUCUGGACCAAUGUGCCGCCGCACUGGAAAAAGAUGCAGCCAAUGGAGGUGCGGGCUUUGGAGAUUUUCCCGAUCUCAUGGGCGACGAUACGAGCGACGCAAUCAUGUCCUCAGCUGCUUUCAACGAUCUCAUUUCGGACAUUAGCAGCUACAACGGUGAUUUGAUGAAGGACUUUGACUUUGAGGCCAAGCCUAGCGAAGCUGCCAAUAGUCUCAAGUUGGAGGAGAAGGACUUGCAGCCCGCCCAAGUGAGCUCCGAGAGCUUGAAGACGACUCAGAGUCCCUCAGAACAGUCCAAUCAGGCCAACUACUCGCUGCCGGUGUUUGAAAAGAAUCCGUCCGCUUCGGUCUCCAAUCGUCUUUCUUACCCGAACAUGGACUUUGCCAAGACCGAGCUCAGUCCUGCUGCCCAAACUUUGAAGCAAAUGGCCGAGCAACAUCAGCACAAGAAUCAAAUGGGGUUGAACUUCAACCCGAACAGCCGCGUUCCGAAUGCCAGGUCUCCUUAUUCAGAUUUCCAAUUCCAAGGCGAUUAUGGUAGUCCCAGUGCCAACCAGAACUAUCACAAGAACAGUCCCAGUUUCCCGCAACCGGACAUGAUUAAGCAGGAAAUGAUUUAUCAGGGCAAUGAGUACGAUAUGAAGCGCAAGCAGAUUCCAGCCGCAGGUGUUUAUCCCAAACAGAAGCAGUAUUCCCCCUAUGGCAGUCCCGGUCCAGGAGGGAGCCCAGGGUUUUUGCCUUCCGGGCGCGGAAGUUGCCCGCCCCCGAAUGCUGGCCAGUACAACGCUGGCACUCCGCCACGGCCGCCUUCUGGAUCGGGCAAUGGAAAUCCUCAGGGUCCAAGCGGGACUUCGGUGCAAAUUAACCAGGCCCAGCAGCUCAAUAUCAACCAGCACGGGCCCAUUCAGGUCUCGGCUGGACAACAUUUGCAUCUCAGUGCCGAUGUUAAAGGAAAUGUUUCGAUUGCUGCCCAACAGGGAAUGCAAUUCACACACGGCGAUCCACAUGGAUCGCAAGGUGGAAGCGCUGGGGCGCAGCAACAAGCUCCGAUGUCUUCAGCGCAGCAUUCCACUGGAAUGUCCAACAACGCGCAAUCUACCAUGAAUCAGAACGCAUCCCAAAUGGGCGGCAACAUGAAUUCGAUUGGUCAACAAAUGAGCGGCCCACAAGGUGGGCUGGCUGGCAUGCAGAAUGCGAGCACCCAACCGGGGAUGCCCUCAGGGACAGGCAUGCAAGGUGGGCCUGCAGGAAUGCAAGGAACACCUCCUGGAAUGGGGGGAAUGAUGGGCGGGCCCAAUAUGGGCCAUAGUAAUGUAAUGGGCGGCCAUGUAGAUUCCUAUUCCAUGUCGCAAACUCAAACGAUCAACUUUACUCAACAAACUCUUAGAAGGGCGACCGGACCGACAGCAGCAAUGGGCGGCUCGAUGAGCGGCGUAAAUGUGCCGCAAAUGGGCCCGGUGGGCGGGCCGAUGGCUGCCCGAAUGAUGUCCAAUCAGAUGAUGGAGCAGCAAAAGCUGCAGCAGAUUUUGCGUUCGCAACAGGCGAUGCAGCAGCAACAGCAGCAGCAGCUCAGACCGCCCCCGCCUGAUUACAAAACCAGCGCCGGCCUUGGGCAUGGAAUGCAGCCGCGAUAUGGGGGACCAGCGCCUCCCCCUAACAUGAGACGAAUUCCGCAUCAGCCCAUUCCGCCUUCCGGCCCGAUGAUACGCUCGCAAGUGUACAUGAUGCAGCAGCAACAGCACCAACAGCAGCAGCAACAACAGCAAAUGUCCGGCAGAGCGACGUAUGCCCGACAAGCCGGACCAAUGGGCGGCAUGGAGGCCAUCCAACAAAACAGCGAUUGGCGGCAUGUUCUGAUGUCCCAGCAGCAAAACGCUAACUUUGUAGCCGGCCGACCGGCUUAUCAAGGCAAUGGAUUCAACAUGAACAUGGGCGGGCCGUCAAUGCAGCAAAUGACGGCGCUGCAGCACCAGCAGCAGCAACAUUUGCGGGCGCAGCAAGCCAGUAUGGGGGCGCAACAGGGCGGAUUGGGUCACAUGAUGGGAGCACAAGGGGGGCCCAUGGCUCAGAUGAAUUCGAUGAAUCAAGCGAUGCUGCACAUGCAACAGCAGCAGCAGCAGCAGCAACAACAGUCGAUGAUGCAGCAGCAAAAUCCACAGAUGUCUAUGACCAAUAUUCACAUGCAACAGUCACAGUCCAUUUCCGUGAACAACCAUUCGUUGUCGCAGCCUCAACAGAAUAUGAACAACAUGCUGGCCAAUUCCAGCGUCAAUUCGAAUGCACCUGGGAACAGCUUGGCCACGUUUAAUCCCCAAGCGACCGAUUUCACUUUUGAGUUUCUGGAAAAUUUGGCCGGAACGGCUGACGCGGCCCCAUUCAGCGACCAGGAGCUGCUCAAUUCUUUCGACACGGACGCCGCCUUCAAUCUGGACUUUUGAAAACACGUACUGUUUUCUAUAGAAAACCGAUUGUCUAUAAAUGAAUUUGCUUUGGCAAAUUGAACUUUCUUCAUUGGUUCAGUCAUCAUGCCACCGAGUUCCAAUAUACUGUAAGUUUUCGCAACAAUCUUUAACUCUUCGUUAGUGUUUGUGCCUUGGGGCUAAUACAAUUUUAUUAAUAAGAAAUUAUAAUGUUUCAUACCAUCAACAUUUUAGCCUAAAAAAUCAUUGAUAUCUGGUUAACAUUUUUAAACAACGCAAUGUAACUUUCCUAACUGCCAAUGACCCUGUAAAAAGCAGAAUGGAAAACUGGACUGGAAGACUGAAAAAGGAAUAAAGUCCUUUUGGUGGAAGGCAAAAAAAUUUCUUCCUCAAAUUUGUACAAUUUUCGCAAGUAAAAAUGGCAUGCUUGGAGCAAAGUGAAACCAUAAAAUAUUUUUCCGGCCUUAUUUCUUGGGCAAAUAGAACAUCGUUUCGAUGUAGAUGCUUGAAAUUCUGCUGGUUUCUUCUUUCGUUUCGAAAUUGAGAAAAUAACGAAAAAUACACCUCUUAAGGCAGACUGUUUUGUCUUAUACACAACUUGAGCGUUUUAGAAGAGAGAGGAGAGAACGUUUUAGGAAGAGAAUUUAGAAGCGAAAAGAUUCCUUGUGACACUAGCGGAUAAUUCAUCUAACGUAUCGACGUCGCCCUUCGACAAAUUAUAAAAAUUAUUUCCGGCAGUCUCUUCCAAGCGAUGUAAAGUGCAGAAUCGGAUAUUUGUUAUGUCGGUCGGAAAGUCGGAAUCGGUAUGUUGCGGAAACUUGUCGGUAUUUGUCGCUUAUUUCGACGGUCCCAACGGAUGUGAGACGAUGCCUGUUGAGUAAAUCAAACAUCAGAGGUUAAAUUUUGGAAAAAAAUGAUCACAAUCACGGACACGGUGAAAAAUGUUGAUGUGCCAACUUUAAGAAAAACGUUCAUUUAAGCACGAAAUCCCUGAAAAUGGGGAUGUAGUUUAGGGGUUGAACAUGGUUUUUGCGAUUUGCGAAAAACGUUCAAUCGCAGUUGUAGAUAAUAAACAAAUAAAAACUUGGCAUAACCAUCUAACGAAGGGUUAACCGCACAUGAUUGUUGUAAAAACUAUAAUUGCUUGGUUUUUAGUCAAUAUUAGAACAUUCUUAGGCCUUUAGGCCCCCAGACGUUUCCACGUAGCUUAUUUGAAAUGUAUAAUAGGGAAUAUAUUUUAGUAUAUUUUUAGAACCAGCGUGCACAUGCGAAUAGAAGAAUGUAUUUGUCGACUGAGAAUAUUCAUGUUCAAGUUCUUCUAUCAGUAUUUUGAUGUGUGCGCCAACUAGGAGAUCUCUAUAGUAAUUUUAGCGAUUAGUUUUACAUUGUAUAAUCCAGUUUUAGUGUAGGAAUCAAUAUGACAACUUUCCUAGGAAAUUUUACGAAUGCUCUUGUCUUUUUCUUCCACUCGGUUCUUAGGCGGUUGGUUUAUCUUGGAUUACAUCCACAUUCCAUUUGUAUUCUGUAGACGUUGAAAACUUAUUCCAUUAUGUUCAGUAUUUAGACUAUGCCUAUGUUUGUAAAUAUUCUUUAAGGUAGAUUUACUUGUAUAAUACUUUCGGAUUAGCUGUUGAUAUAUCUUCAUAAGUUUCCCGUGACGGACCACUGUUUUAUUUUUUAUAGGCCCUAAUUUAUACGUGUACUUAGGAGAAUCAAAUUGUUAUUAUCUAAUGAUUUUUACAGACAUACGAGAGUUUAUAUUGCGAGUAUAUUUACCAAAUGUUUUGCAAAGUUGUUUGCCAAUCCGGUAUAAUUCAUCGGGAAAUUGCUCCAGUCGAUUUCAACCUUAAUACAGUUUUUUGUGUAUAAAUAUGCAACCAAAACCAGCAGUUUGGGCGCUCGGCUUGGAGAGUUUCACGGUGAACUCUGUCAUAUUGCAAAUGAUUUUCCAGACAAUAUACUUAAUAGUUUAUA